AUGUAUCGGUAUUUUUAUCGUGCUUUAUUUUUCAUUUUACUAGCUCAACUUUACGAUGAAGCAAAAGUGUUUUCUAUUAUAGUAAGAUCUGAUCCAAAAUGCCGUCCAAUUAAAGGACCAGAGGCGUGCGAAGAUAUUGAAAUUCACCAUAAAAGUGGCCUCGCAUUCAUGGCUUGCGGCUCAGAAAAUGGACGACGAACGCAAUGGUGGCCGCCACUUGGCAGUGUAAAUACGACAGUUCAACCACUUGAAACACCUUGGAUUUAUAAUUUGGAGACCGAGGAGAUUUUCCCAUUGAAGCUCAAGGAUUUCCCGAAGGAUACUGAUGUCUCUCUUCACGGCCUGUCACUGUAUAUCGACCCUUCCAACUCAAAUAAAGUAACAGUGUUCCUUAUCAACCAUCGUCGUUCGGGAAGCGUAGUUGAAAUACUCGACCACACAAUCGGCACCAAAGAGCUUAUUUAUCGGAAGACCGUAUCAAGUGAACUCAUUGUUACACCUAAUGAUCUGGUAGCAGUUUCGGCCGAUGAGUUUUACGUGACAAAUGAUCAUCGAUAUACAUACAAGCAAGAAAAAGAGAGAGAAUUUGAAAUCGCAACAAGGCGCUUAUGGACCAAUGUGAUAUUUCAUGCGAAAAAUGGAACGGACUUUGUUGCAGCUGAAGGAAUUUCAUUAGGAAAUGGAAUCGUUGCCAAUUGGAAUUAUAGUCGCUUUUAUGUCAAUUCAGGAGGAACAACGGAAACGAUAAUUUACACUAGACUCGAUAAUAAUUUACUAUUUGAAACAGAACGCGUUCAUAUUGGUAUUCCGACUGACAAUCUUUCAGUAGAUGAAGUAACCGGCGAAGUUUACACUCCAGGUUUCCCAGAUCUACCCGCAUUGAUUAAAUACCUUCAAGAUCCAAAAAGUCCAGCUCCUGAUCUCAUUGUCAAAAUCUCUAACGUCACCAAGAAAGCGGAUUCACGUAUUGGCAGUAAUUACCAGGUGACAAAGGUACUGGAUAGUGAUGGAAAAGAAUUCACUGCUAUUUCUAUUGCAGCUGUUGAUAGAAAGCGCGAUGCACUCUUGCUUGGAUCCUUUGUAAGUAAGGGUAUUACCAGAUGCAAAUUAAGUGCUUUAGGUAGUUAA